ACUUUGGGAUCAUUGCUUUCUGGCUUGCUAUAUAAGCUACAGAAACUGGCUGGCUGAACACAAGCACUCCCAGGUGGACUUACAGACACACUUGAAAGCUCAGGGUCUAAAAACCAUGAAGGUCCUUGCUGUGCUCGUCCUAGCCGUUUUCACUGGCUGCCAUGCCAACCUCUUUUAUGCUGAUGCCCCCAAGCCACAGCUGGAGGUGUUGACUGACGCUUUCUGGGACUACGUUGGAAAAGCCACCAAGACAGCUGAUGACACUCUCCAGAUGAUUAGAAAGUCUCAGCUUGGGCAGGAUAUUAGUGCCCGUCUGACAGAAAGUGCUGACAUGGCCAGCCAGUACGCAGCCAGCAUUCAGGAACAGCUUCCCCAGGACCUGAUUGCCAAAGUGACCACCGAGGCUGAUUUGCUGAAAGAGCGUUUGAUCCAGGACCUGGGCACCGUCAGGGACAGGCUGCAGCCCUACACCGAGGAUGUGAAGGCCAAGAUCCAGGAGAGGGUGGAGCAACUGAAACAGGAGCUGGCUCCAUACACAGACGCAGCCCUGGACACAGAGACCCUGAAGGCCACUCUGCUGCAGAAAAGCGAGGAGCUGAAGACCAACCUUGAGCAGACAAUGGAGAACCUGCAGACUCAGCUGGGGCCCUACACCGAUGACCUGAAGCAGAAGGUGGACCAGCACCUGAAGGACUUCAAGGAGAAUGUAACACCUUUGACCGAGAAGGUCCAGAAUGAGCUCACACAGAGAGCCCAGCAGGUGAGAGAAAUGGCCACUCCCUACGUUGAUGAUUUGAAGGGAAAGCUGGACCCCUAUACCCAGGACCUCCAGGCUCGUCUCUCCAGCCUCUACGAGUCCUUUGUUAAAAUUGCUCAAUCAUCCCCUCUAACAGCGCCAACCGCAGCCACCGUCCUGGGAGCACGGAGGAAGCUCAACCUCUCAGGUGUAUCUGUCUGUCUAACAAUCAUGAAGGCUGUAAGUCUGAUCCUUGCUCUGGCAGUCAUCACCGGCUGCAAUGGCCGUGCUGUGCGCCAGGCUGAUGCCACCGCAGACCGCUGGGAGGAAACUGUGGAUCGUUUCUGGCAGUACAUCUCUGACCUGAACCAAAAAGCAGAUGGAGUGGUGGAGAACCUCAAGGCCUCUCAGAUUAGCAGGGAGUUAGACACUCUGAUCACUGACACCAUGGCAGACCUGACAACCUACAAAGACAGCCUUCAGACCAACCUGGCUCCCUACACCCAGACCGACCAGCUGUCUCAGGAUCUGCAACUUCUUGUCAACAAACUGCAGAAGGACAUGCUGGAUGCCAAGGAGCGCAGCACUGAGUACCUGGGUGAGCUUAAAACCAUGAUGGAUCAGAACACCGACGAUGUCCGCAACCGCCUUAGCAUCUACGCUAAUAAGCUGAGGAAGCGCCUGAACAAGGACACCGAAGAGAUCCGCACCGCUGUGGCCACUUACCUGGGUGAGGUGCAGUCUCGCACCUCCCAGAACCUGGAAGCCGUGAGGGGUUUUGUUGAGCCCCAUGUCCAGCAGGCCAGUGACAGUGCCACCAAGAGGCUGAGUGACAUCUCCACCUUGCUGAAAACCCAGGCUGAGGGUCUGGGUCAGCAGCUCGAGGCCCAAGCUGAGGGCAUCAAGACCCAGGCUGAGGGCAUCAAGACCCAGCUGGAGGCCACUGCCCAGGAACUGCGCACAUCUCUGGAGGGCAAGAUCGACGAGCUGGCAGAGUUAUUGUCUCCUUAUGCCAAAAACAUCCGCGAGCAGGUUGACAACAUCAUGGAGAAGGUCAAGGAGACCACCACUGCCUAAAGAAUGACUCUGGGGGUUUGCUAAGGGUUGUAGAUGGCUGGUGGUAGUAGAAGAAAGAAUGCAUAAACCCACUAGUUUCUGUAUAAGAAAAAAAAGAGAGUUAAGAGUUACUGAUAAUCUCUACAUUAUAUGCUCUACUGUUCAGGAUAAGAGGGUUAACGAGAGGAACGAGGGAUGAUCUGGUGCAUUUUUUUACAGAACAGCCAAACAGAUGGGUUCUUCUCCAUCAUCACCCUUUCUUAUUCUCUCUGACACUCUUGAUCACUGAACACAAUCAUUGCAGUUAAACACAACUUUCAAACACGAGACAAUUAUUUGUAAUAUGCUUCGCUUUUCUACUUUGAAUAAACUGUCAAGCAGUCUAUACCCACGAGGUUUGAGUCAAGUUUUCCACUUUAUGUUUGGGUGUAAUAUAUGCCUGCUGAGCAUCAAACACAAGUGCCUCUCAUUUCAAUAAAUGCACUGAAUGAUGAUCAAGGGAUGGGAUGACAUACAACAACGUGUCUGCUAGCUUCUACUAGAGGUGAUGCUGAAUCGUUAAAGUGCUCUUCUGUCUGUUAGAUCUUUGUUGUGCUACACACAGAAGUGGAAUGUAAAGUGACUUCAUAACAAACAAUGGCAAUCAGUGAGUAAAAUGUAAUGCUGCCUGUCUGUUCUUCACAAGUGUCCCUUGUGUUUCACAUGUUGUAUGCCCACCAUGCUGCUCUCCAGAAGUGCACUGCCUGUGACUACAGUGUGCUGAACAGUGCUGAGUGAAUAAAAAACCUAGAAAAGAUA